UUCUAUGCGUCGUUGUGCAGAGAGAAAGCGAAACCCAAAAGAGAAGAGAAAAGCAGAGAAAUGACGAGCGAGGAGGAGAACGGAGAGUUCUACCUUCGAUAUUACGUGGGACACAAAGGGAAGUUCGGUCACGAGUUCUUGGAGUUCGAGUUCAGGCCAGAUGGCAAGCUCCGAUACGCCAACAACUCCAACUACAAAAACGACACUAUCAUCCGCAAGGAGGUUUACCUCACCCCUGCCGUUCUCCGCGAGUGCCGUCGUAUCAUCUCCGACAGCGAGAUCAUGAAGGAAGAUGAUAACAACUGGCCGGAACCUGACCGUGUUGGCAGGCAGGAGCUUGAGAUUGUGAUGGGAAAUGAGCACAUUUCCUUCACAACCUCCAAGAUUGGUUCUCUGGUGGAUGUUCAGAGUAGUGCAGAUCCAGAAGGUCUUCGCAUCUUUUACUACCUCGUUCAGGAUUUGAAGUGCUUUGUGUUCUCUCUUAUUUCCCUUCACUUCAAGAUUAAACCUAUAUAAGAUGUUUCCAAUGUUAUCUGUUCAACCUCUUGGGGUAGUUGUACUUGUGUAACAACAACCAAUUACAGCUUAACAUGUGACAGUUAUUGGAACUUUCUGAUUUGAGUGGAUGUACCAAAAAGUUGAGUGGAUUGCUUUUU